UCGAGCUAUACACACAUUACAUUCUUUUUGGGGGGAUUUUAUUAUAUUCUAUUUCUAUUGAAAAUGGAGGGCAAGAUAGACAAUGAGGUAAAGUACGAUUUCGGCGCGUCAGCAGAUUCCUCGAACGUGGAGAACACUUCUUAUAUUAGUGUAAAUGGAAAUGAAAGAGAAGACGUCCCAGCUACAAUGGCUGCCUCUGAUCAUGAUGAAGAAAACUGUAAAGAGCCCCCUACUGAAGAAGAAGCUACCCCUGAGCCAUACGAGAAAAAAGGUAAAGAGCUCAAUGUAGUCAAUGAACAGGCAAAGUCUCAAAAGGAGAGUGUAGUUUUUGAAAUAAACAGCCAUGAUGAAGAUGGAGCUCCCAGGUUGCCUCUUGAGGCCCUGGAGAGACAGAACACCACACUAGAAGAAAAGAAGGCUGGGGGAGAGCAAUCCUGUUCUGAAGACCUUAGCUCUGAAGAGUGCAUGUGUGAGGACAGAGAUACAGCCAGCCAGCGCUGCAGCCUGUUGCAGGGGAAGUUGGCUGAGUUCUUCCACAAGAAGGCCAGAGAUGACUCCCAGGUGGACGUGGUGAUACAAGUUUCAAAGGAGCUGCAGGAGUAUGAGAAGUACAUAACCAUCCUGACUGACCUGAAACAGCAGCUUACCACUAAUACAGAGACAUCUCAGAAGCAAGCAGAGGAGCUGAGGUUCAUUUCCCAAGAGAAGCUGGACAAGGUGGAAAAUGAAUGGCAAUCAUUGGUGGCCCUAAAGCAGGAGGUAGCUGUGACAGUACUGAGCCUACACCUUGGUAAACAAGCUGCUCAGACCAAGGUGGAGACAGCCUUGGAAACAGAGAAGCUUCUACAGCACGAGCUGAUCAGACUACGCCUCAAAAACAUCAAGCUGAGGGCCAACAUUCACAGGCUGGAGGGGGAACUUGUUGCAAGGGAAAAAGAUGCCGGGGACCCCCUACUUCUCCACUUUGAUCUGCUGCAGGCUGAGAGGCUAGAGCUGAAAAAACACACUGAAAAGCAAAAUGAGGAAUCUUUAAAGACGCAACUAAAGAUCAGCAGCAGCUUGGAGCUACUGUCAAAUAUAAAGGAGAAAUUGUUCUGGAGUCAAAUGGAGGCCCAGGCCAAGCGAGAGCAGCUUGCAAUGUUGGAAGCAACGGUGGCCAGGGGAACGGACUUCCUCACAAGGACUAGGCACGCUCGCAACAGCCUUCGGAGAGACAACCUGCAGCUGAGAGAGCAUCGUGGACUGCUGGGAAACAGGGUCCUGCUGCUGGACUUUGAGGACACUGUGGACGCCUCUGACUACAUGGAGGAUCAACUAAGGGAUCUGAAGUGCCGGCAAGCUGAGAUUGUCUUCAGUUGUGGCAGAUGGAAGAAGAAGUUGAGACAACCUAAUUAAUGAAUGAAUAACUAAUGAUCACACAACACAAUAUCAGCCCAAAAAAAGCCAGAUUUACACAGCUGAGCAGGAGCACUCUGACCAGGUGGACAUUGAUUUUCUGCUAUAUGCAACAUUGGAAGGCUUAAGAACAAAUAAGAUAUGAAAAAAGAUAACUCAAAAGUCCACAAGAAAACAGUUAUUUGAAAACAAUUGUUAUUUUUGUAUAUAAUAACUAUAUUGGACAAUACAAUGGUUAACAGAGAGUUAAGCCCAAAACAUCAGAUGUACGGGUUUUUUUUUUAUUACAAAAGAAUUGCAUACAUUAUUUCUUCGCCCUCUUCAGCACAACAUUCUCUAUGGUGCACCUGUAGAAGGUCAGGAUGCUGAACCUCUGAAUCCUGCGGAGGAAGAAGAGCCGCUGUCGAGCUGUUUUAGUGUAGACUGAUUUUGGUUGCAAUACAAGGUAUUGAACAUUUUU